ACAAGAGGCCGUAUGGCAACCAGGGGAAGAAGACACAGCUAUUUCAAGAGUGUCAAUAAAUGGCGUCGGGUUACGAGUAGGCUUAUGUGAAAUUCAGACUGUGAAAAUAGUGUGCUUAGCUAUACAGAUUAGUAGACACAGAAUCGACAGAAGAUCCGCCAUGCAGUCAGAGUAGUUCGGCGAGGAUGGGUUUCCUGCUGGCGCUGCUGGUCUACCUGCUCGCUGUCCCUGCUGCGGCGCCGCGGGCUACGCACGAAGAGGAAAAAAAUCAGUGGCUUCUUCCAGGCAUUUGCCAUGUAUUCAACGUUAUAAGCGUGUUCAUUCUAACAUGUCUUUACAUCCUUAAAGAGAUGGAAUCGCCUUUUUGGGAAAUAGUCUUCACCAAUGAUUUGAACCACAUCAAGAACUUCUUAAGAUCCAAAAUAAAAUCAAUAUAUGAAGAAAUACGUCGACCAGCAAAAUCUUUUUAUGGAAAGAAACCAGCUCGGUUAAGGAUCCCUGAGCCCCUCUGCCGAGCAGCAGCCAGCAUUUCAGCCAGAAAGAGGAUGAUGACCUGGACGGAAAGAACCAAAGCUUUGUUCGAAGCAGCGGAAUGGGGCAUGUACACUGACGAAGGCGGAGUCCACGAGGCCAUGGCCACCUUCGGCCUCCCAGCCACCGUGAAGGACUGCCACGGCUGGUCCGUCCUGCAUUACGCCGCCAGCAUGAGGUUCGCCGACGACAGCCCCGUGUGGGAACUGAGAGACAUCCGGAAAUACGUGGAGCAGCACCAGCCCUUCCCGAACGCAGUGGAUCAUUGGGGCCAAACCGCCCUUCACGUCCUCGCCCAACAUCCUCGAGGGAGUUUAGAGGCAGUUCUGGGUAGGAAGAAGCGAAUGCACAACGUUGCAGGGGCAUGGGUGGCCAUCGCUUGCCUCCUCAUCAAGUACGGUUGUGAUCCCAAGAUUCAGGACAAGCAAGGGAAGCGAGCUGGAGACAGAGCGCGGGAAUUUAACAACGCAGAGCUUGCACAGUUACUGGAACAGGUGCUACAUUCAACUAGACACAAACACAGACCUUUAUUGCGCAUGUCUAUCUAUCUGUCUAUGCCUGUACCAUAUCUAUAUCUGUUUUUAACUACCUACCUGGCUAUAUUUCCCAGCAUCAGUCUUUCCACUCCUCUCUGGGCACUUGGUAAUUUCCUCUCCAUUACCUUGGUUUAUGCUCCUCGUCCACACCUGUAUACUUGGACAUCAACAGACAAAAGAAGUCGCAAGCAAAUAGACUACAUCAUGAUCGAUCGACAGAGGAAAAGUGCUAUAAAAACACGAGGACAAUACCUGGAGCUGAUUGCAACAGUGUUCACCAACAUUUAA